GGCGCAUCGAGACUAAUCAUCAGCCUUAAUAAGGAUUGAUUGUGGACUACUUGUUGUCAUCGUCCUGGUUUGAUAUUAAUCGGAAAAGCCUUGACCGUCGCGUUGGGGAAGUGAAAAGUUGAACGAGCGUCCCUUUUAAGGGGGCCCCACUAGAAGAACCUUUAUGGGAUCCUAAUGACAUGCAGGUGGAUGAUUUACUUGUGGUAAUUAAGGUCAACAUGGAUUUGUGGGUCUUUCUCCUUUUGCUUGGAAGUGGCCUGAUAAGCGUAGGUGCUAACAAUGUUACGACAGAGCCGCCCACGACUGUGCUCACUUCCCCCAGGAGUCCCAUCAAAGCAACGACAACAGGCGUGGAGAGCAGGACGCCGACUAGCGCACCGAGCCUCAACCGGAUGCCUACAACGGCAGCGACCAGGCCUUCCCCUACCACCACCGUGGUCGGUCUCAACACCUCCACCCUCGGGGCAACCCUGCCCGCGCCUCCGGCCACCUCUGCUCUCCCCAGCGCGACACCGUCUGUCCCCAACGCCGCUCUGCCAGGCACAGAAGAGGAGUCGACAGAGAGGAAUUUCAGUGUGACGGUGACAACUCAAGAGACCUCUUCCGCUUCCCACAAUGGUAACUCUGACAGAAGAGAUGAGACUCCGAUUAUAGCUGUAAUGGUGGCCCUGUCCUCCCUUCUAGUCAUAGUAUUUAUUAUUAUUGUGCUGUACAUGUUAAGGUUCAAGAAACACAAGCAAGCAGGGAGCCACUCUAACUCCUUCCGCUUGUCCAACGGCCGGACGGAUGACGCAGAGCCGCAGAGCAUGCCGCUGCUCGCCCGGUCGCCCAGCACCAACCGCAAAUACCCGCCUCUACCCGUCGAGAAGCUGGAGGAGGAGAUCAACCGGCGCAUGGCGGACGACAACAAACUCUUCCGGGAAGAGUUCAACCGUGACAUGAUAACCAACUUGGGGAAGUCACAUGAAUGCGACGGGAUAUUUGCGGAGCUGGGGGCUCGGAGGCUUCGCACUGCCGACUCGGAGUUCCUCAAAUGUAGGCGCUGUGCGGCUGAAAAGCUUCGCUGUGUGAGGUUUAGCGCUUCGCUGGACUUAAGCCCGGAAGAGUUUGGGGGCAUAAAGUCCUUUACGGGUGCGGCGAAGCCGAUCUUUGGGGAUCUACCAAGCCUGGGAACCCAAAACAGUAUGUGGCUCUCUUGGUAUGCCGCGUUUCACGGGUUUUGUUUUUUAAUGCCUAAUUUUCCUUUUCCUCCAGACGAUCAUUCCAGGGUUCAUCUGACGCCCGUGGAGGGGGUUCCCGAUUCUGACUACAUUAACGCCUCCUUCAUUAACGGGUACCAAGAGAAAAACAAGUUCAUUGCUGCACAAGGACCAAAAGAAGAAACAGUGAAUGAUUUCUGGAGAAUGAUUUGGGAGCAAAACACAGCCACAAUUGUCAUGGUGACCAACCUGAAAGAGAGGAAGGAGUGUAAGUGUGCUCAGUACUGGCCAGAUCAGGGCUGCUGGACAUACGGAAACAUCCGGGUGUCUGUGGAAGAUGUGACCGUCUUGGUUGAUUACACAGUGCGGAAAUUCUGCAUUCAGCAGGUAGGGGACGUCACAAACAAGAAGCCGCAGCGCCUGGUGACUCAGUUCCACUUCACCAGCUGGCCUGACUUCGGGGUCCCCUUCACCCCUAUUGGGAUGCUGAAGUUCUUGAAGAAGGUGAAGACAUGUAACCCCCAAUAUGCAGGAGCAAUAGUGGUGCACUGCAGCGCUGGGGUAGGACGCACAGGCACUUUUAUAGUCAUCGAUGCCAUGCUGGACAUGAUGCAUGCCGAGAGGAAGGUGGAUGUUUACGGCUUCGUGAGCCGGAUCCGGGCUCAGCGCUGCCAGAUGGUACAGACAGAUAUGCAGUAUGUGUUUAUAUACCAAGCACUUCUGGAGCACUAUCUCUAUGGUGACACAGAGCUGGAAGUGACUUCAUUAGAAAUCCACCUCCAGAAAAUCUACAACAAAGUGCCAGGGACCAGCAGUAACGGGCUGGAGGAAGAGUUCAAGAAACUAACUUCAAUCAAAAUUCAGAACGACAAGAUGAGAACGGGCAACUUGCCAGCAAACAUGAAGAAAAACAGGGUGCUUCAGAUAAUUCCAUAUGAGUUCAACCGAGUAAUCAUUCCAGUGAAGAGAGGUGAAGAGAAUACGGACUAUGUAAAUGCUUCCUUCAUUGAUGGUUAUCGCCAGAAGGACUCCUAUAUUGCCAGCCAGGGACCGCUUCAGCACACGAUAGAGGACUUCUGGAGGAUGAUCUGGGAGUGGAAAUCCUGCUCCAUAGUUAUGUUAACAGAGCUGGAAGAGAGAGGCCAGGAGAAGUGUGCCCAGUACUGGCCUUCUGAUGGCUCGGUGUCCUAUGGAGACAUCACCGUGGAGCUGAAAAAAGAGGAGGAGUGUGAGAGCUACACAGUGCGGGACCUGCUGGUAACGAACACCAGGGAAAACAAGAGCCGACAGAUUCGACAGUUUCAUUUCCAUGGCUGGCCAGAAGUUGGGAUCCCCAGUGAUGGCAAAGGGAUGAUCAACAUCAUCGCGGCCGUGCAGAAGCAGCAGCAGCAGUCUGGCAACCACCCGAUCACUGUGCACUGCAGUGCUGGAGCAGGAAGAACAGGAACCUUCUGCGCGCUGAGCACUGUCCUGGAGAGGGUGAAAGCAGAAGGGAUUCUCGAUGUCUUUCAGACGGUGAAGAGUUUAAGACUGCAGAGGCCACAUAUGGUGCAGACACUGGAACAGUACGAAUUCUGCUACAAGGUGGUGCAGGAAUAUAUCGACGCCUUCUCGGACUACGCCAACUUCAAGUGAAAAACACAAAAAAAAACCAA